AAUCAGAAUGGCACUAGUUGCCUGUGGCCUCAAUGCCAAUAGCCAGAUAACACCAGCUGGUCCACCGCUCUUGUGCUGCCCGACACCAGUAAGAGAUAAAAAGGAUGUGUGUGAAGUACAUAUAGCUUGCAGUCACAUACUUUGGAAAACCAAUGCUGGUUGGCAAAUUACUGGCUACAGAAAUCUUGAUUAUAGUCUGGAAGAGGAGAUGGCACAGAGAUGGAAGCAGAUAUCUAUGAGCGAGAUGCGAAUGGCUGCCAUAAACGAUGAUGGGGCAGUGGUUCUGCGUGAAAAGGGGCAGUGGAGGAAGCUCUUCUUCCAGAGAGAUACUGCAAUGGACUCAAGAAACUUAGGUCCCUCAGUGCAGCAAGUUGAAGAUCAGGACAGGAUAGCAGAGAGUGAAAGUAAUAUUCAUCAUACAACAUCUCAAAUAAAAUUCUCUUCUGUCUUUGUUGAGGACAACUCUCUUAUAGCUCUCGAUGAAGAUGGGAAGAUGUACAGCAUUGGUGUUCCUCUACCGUAUGGUGGCAGCAGAAUCAGUGUCGUUGAAGUGGGGAAGGAGCACUGUAUGGCACUAACAACGGAUGGAGUAGUCCUUACCUGGGGCAGUGGAAUGCGUGGUCAACUUGGCAACGGAGAAUUGUGCCAGAUCGAUCGUCCAGAACCAGUAGAGAGUCUCCAAGGCAUUACUAUCUCCUCCAUAGCCUCUGGGGGUUGGCACUGUGUCGCUUUGAGCACGAGUGGUGACGCAUACAUGUGGGGCUGGAAUGAAAGCGGCCAGUUGGGCUUCCCAGCCAAGGCAGAUCAGGAGGCAUCGAUUUUGGGAACAUUUAGCCACAGAUGCUGAUGUCCCGAACCAGUUCAUAUGACAGACACAAUAUUCAGUGACAGCAAGGUGGAAGAAAUUAGGACCAAUGAACAGAGUGGCAACGAUCAUAAAGCAUCUCUCGAAGGAACAGGAGAUUGCAGAACUGAUCCGAGAA